AUGGAUAUCGACAUGAGCCGUCGUAACAAGGUCCCGCGGGCUUUGUCCGACUCAGAGAGGGCCCGUUUGGACGAGUUCAUCGACUCCAUCCACUACUCUGCACGAUACUCUGACAGCGAGUACGAGUACCGGCAUGUGCAGCUGCCCAAAGCCAUGCUCAAGGCCAUCCCUAAAGAUUACCACGACUCUUCCCACGGAACACUGAAGCUGCUCUGGGAAGAGGAAUGGCGAGCGCUCGGCAUCACUCAGAGUUUGGGUUGGGAACACUACGAGGUCCACGAGCCUGAGCCGCACAUUCUACUCUUCAAGUUGGUAUACCCCUCAAUCCGAUCAGUCGUGCGUAUUACUCACACCGAUCAAAAUAGGCGCCCACUCAACUACCAGCCUCCCCAGUGA